AUGUCUGGUAGAGGAAAAGGUGGUAAAGGUCUAGGUAAAGGUGGUGCCAAGCGUCACAGAAAGAUUCUAAGAGACAACAUCCAAGGUAUCACCAAGCCUGCCAUCAGAAGACUGGCCAGAAGAGGUGGUGUCAAGCGUAUUUCUGGUUUGAUCUACGAAGAAGUCAGAGCCGUCCUCAAAUCGUUCUUGGAGUCGGUCAUCAGAGACGCCGUCACUUACACAGAACACGCCAAGAGAAAGACCGUGACUUCUUUGGACGUUGUGUACGCGUUGAAGAGACAGGGAAGAACCUUGUACGGUUUCGGUGGUUGA